ACCAAAAAAAAAAAGCCUUUAAAUUGGCUAUCUUUUGUCAAGCUCUUAAAUAUGAACAUGAAGCAAUUUACAUAGACACUCCCUAUGCCUGAUAAAACUGGGUCUUCUAAGUCACGAACCACACAGUUCAAUCCCUUGCUGAACUAGGUCUACCACUUAGCAGAGCCUGAACCCUAUCUCCUAUAAAAGACUUAGCAGGAACUAAGAGACUUUAAAAAUUAUUUUCCCUGGAUAUGUAAAGUAAAAUGUCAAAAACAACAACAAAAAACCAUCUAUAGGGGAAUGAAACUUAGAAAAUGAACGAACAAUGAAGUUUUGGGCGAAGCAUGAUGAAGAUGGGGGGAGGGGCAGCCUUGGCUACAUCUAUAGAGACAUCGUUUCAGUAGUGAGGAGAAAACGGAGAACCCUUCAGGAAGCAGCAAUCACACAGCGCUAUCAGAAGGCAUCGAGAAUUUUUCCACGCCGUGAGUGCAAGUCGACUCCAAAAGAGCCUUCUCAUGUCUCUCAAAGCACCGACGGGAGAGAAAAACUCUCAACAGCGGCGAAAGCAAGGCAGGAAAUUUAUGAUUGACCCCGGAAAUGUUUUAUUUUGCGUAGGUAUACGGAGAAUUUCCUUUCGCGAUUCGUUGCUUGAUCCGGAAGAAGAGAUAGCCAAACUCCCUUGCGAUUGGGUGGUGUCAUCAAGGCGGGGCUUUAGCGAGCCAUUCACAUUGGCUCCCGGAUGUGACGAUACGGAAGUCGCUGGCUGAGCUUCGCUCGGGCUGUCGGCUUCGGUGGGUGGGGUCGCCGAUUCCUUUAGUCUCACCGCAGACUCGGCCCUGCUGGGGGUGGUGCCAUUGAGAGCCACGCCUCCCACGCCGACCUUGGUGGCUCUGGCGCGGUGUCGUAGGCCCUGGGGGCGGAGACUCGGGCAGAUUCUUGGGAGCUCGGAGCGUAGCGCUCGGCGUCCCCCUCUUCGCGUCUUCCGGUUUCAGGGCUCUGAGCCGCCUCCCUCUUACGCCCGAGGUGCCGCCCCAUCGGGAGCCGCCCUCCCCGUCCUAUCAGCUCCGAGCCCCUCAGACUUGCCCCGGUCAACUCCAGCCCAGCCUUUUCUCUCGCUCUUGCCCCUUUUGGGGCACCUCGGCCCCACAUUGCCCACUUCCCUGGAUGUGCUGGCCCCUUCCGCUCCUUUAAAAUGUCUAAUAACCUGCCGAGGGUCUUGUUGAAACCCGCAAAGGAAAAGUCGGGCGACGCUUCCCAUUGUGUUUCAGGCUGCAUGUACCAAGUAGUUCAGACGAUUGGCUCGGAUGGAAAAAAUCUUCUGCAAUUACUUCCAAUUCCUAAUUCCUCUGGAAAUCUUAUACCACUAGUUCAAUCUCCAGUCAUGUCUGAUGCUUUGAAAGGGAAUACAGGAAACUCAGUUCAAGUUACUUUUCAGACUCAGAUUUCCAGCACUUCCACAACUGCUUCAGUUCAAUUGCCCAUUUUUCAGCCACCCAGUUCUUCAAACUAUAUUCUUACAAGAAAAGUAGAUACAGCAGAAAAAGUUAGAGUUACUUCUGUGGGAACUGAAAAUGUUACCUCAUCAGUUUCUAAAGUUCAGAGUCAUAGUGUCAAAAUUGAUGGACUCACCAUGCAAACAUUUGCUGUUUCUCCCACCUCAGCACAAAAUGAUUCAUCUUUUUUUAUAGUAAAUACUCAGAGUCUUCCAGUGACUGUGAAGUCUCCAGUUUUGCCUUCUGGGCAUCAUUUACAGAUUCCAGCCCAUGCUGAAGUGAAAUCUGUACCAGCGUCAUCAUUGCCUCCUUCAGUUCAGCAAAAGAUACUUGCAUCUGCAACCACAAGUACCUCAGGAACAGUUGAGGCCUCCCAAAUACCAACCGUUAUUUACGUAUCUCCUGUAAAUACAGUGAAAAAUGUAGUUACCAAGAACUUUCAAAACAUUUACCCAAAACCUGUUACAGAAAUAGCAAAGCCAGUGAUACUAAGUACCACACAAAUUCCAAUGAAUGUUGCUAAAGAGACACAAUUAAAAGGAAGUCAGCACUCUCAAACUGCUCCAGUGAAAUGGAUUUUUCAAGAAAAUCUACAGCCUUGCACUCCAUCUCUUGUUCCUGUUAAGUCUUCAAAUAAUGUGGCUUCAAAGAUUUUAAAAACUUUUGUAGAUAGGAAAAGUUUGGGAGAUAAUACAGUAAACAUGCCACCUUUGAGUACCGUCAGUCCUAAUGGGACACAGACCAAAAGUAUACUUAUUAAAGAUAAUGCUUUGGUUAUGUUUAAUGGGAAAGUCUAUCUAUUGGCUAAAAAGGGGACAGAUUCUUUGCCACCACAAAUUAACCAAAAGACCUCUGUUUCUCCUGAUACUCCACCAAGAAAAGACACAUCACAGAUAGUGAGUUCAAGUCCAGUCACAGAAAUAUCCAGAAAGGUUGUAAAUAUUGUUUUGGCUAAAAGUAAAUCUUCCCUGAUGGAGACAAACUCACUUUCAAAUACCCAGCUUUCUUCCAUGGCCAAUCUAAGGGCAGAGAAGAAUAAAAAAGUGGAGAAAUCAUCUCUUUCCACCCCAAACCCAUAUAGCAUGAACCAAUCCAUUAACUACUUAAAACAGAGUAAGACUUUAUUAACAAAGCCAGUCUUUCCAGAUGGAUUUAGUACAGGACAGAAUGCCCCCAGAAAAGGAAAUAUCCAGACCAUAGAGAAAAUAAGUUCCUCUGUUGAUGCAACAACUGUUACUUCACAACAGUGUGUUUUCAGAGACCAAGAACCAAAGAUCCAGAAUGAGAUGGCAUCAACAUUAGAAAAAGUUGCUCAAGAAAGAAAUGACAAGAAAAAUUCUGAAGGGAGAAACGAUAAGGCAUUAUAUUUGAAGAGUGAUGCUGAAUUUAAAAAGAUAUUUGGUCUCACUAAAGAUGUGAGAGUGUGCCUUACUCGGAUUCCUGACCAUUUGGGCUCUGGAGAAGGUUUGGAGUCCUUUAGCAAAUUGAUGAAGUGUGAUGCUUACAAAGCAACAGAGUUUGUAGUGAAGGAGGAAGAGAGAAAACAGCCACAGAAUUUAGAUAAGAAAAGAAAAGCAAAAAUCUCUAAGAUGUUGGUGGAUCACACAAAGAGGAAAAAAACGGAGAGUGCCCGUGACACAGCAGUAAAUGGGGGAUCCUGCAUCACCAGUUCCCAACUCGAUAGCAGUGUUGUAACAACUCCGGAUGUAUCACACCACAACAUUCUCACAAGCCGCAACAAAUGCGUAGAAGAGAAGAGAACUGAGAUAGAACCCUGUACCCAGGGGGAAAAAGGCACAUUAAGUUCCAAUGCAACUUUCGAACAAAGUCAUUCCUUUAAUAAAAAUUAUACUGAAGAUUUUUUCCCUAUGACACCUCCAGAGUUAGAAGAAACCAUUCGAGAUGAAAAAAUAAGAAGACUUAAACAGGUGUUGAGAGAGAAAGAAGAAGCUCUUGAAGAAAUGCGUAAAAAGAUGCACCAAAAAUAAUGAAACGUAGCUGUGUUCGACUCCACUGAAAUAGUUGUUUUUUCAUGUUCUGUCAUUUUAAGUUAAUUCUAGAUACAUUCUGAAAAUGUCUUUUUAUAUGAAACUUGCUUUUUCAUUGGUUGGUUAUAACACUUUAUUUAAAGGAUACUAAAAAGGUUGAUUCAUGUAUGACUUGUGAAUAAUCUACAAUAGGGUAUUGGAACCUUUGUCCAGAUACCUUUUUUUGGGAAGGAAAAGUUUUCUAUUUUUCUAUUAGCUAGAAUUCCCCAAGUUUGAAUAUUUGUUCAGAGUUUUUGUUAUUGUUUGUAUUUUUAGCUAAAUUGCUCAGGUGUUAUUCCAACAAUAGUCAGUUAUUGUGUACUAUAAAGGUACACAGCCCAAGGGAGGAUAUGAGCUCUAAACUUCAUGUCGCCAAUAGGCUUGUACAUGUACCCACUGAGUCCCUUUGCCCAUAAAGGAAUACCUACUCAUUAUUGUAAAUUUUCAAAUUCCAUGAAAGAAAAUGUACAAUAGCAACAUUAUUUAAAUAUUCACACUUCUCAGAAAUGAGGGAAACUUGUUUUAUAGCUUUUACCAAGUAGUUUCAUAUAACCCAAAAUGGUUUUUAGAAUUCAGGUCGUAUGUAUCAUUUGUUUAAAGUGGUAUGUUGUAAUUCUUAGACAAGUGCUGCUGCUUUUUUUUUGGAACAUGUACACACGUGACUUGGAUUGUAUGAACAGUAAAUCUGAAAAAAUGGCCAUAGUUAAUAUGUGUAGCUUUUUAAAGAUAGGGGUAAGCAUGUGUUACAUGAUUUUCUUUGAUUUGGAGAAUUUAGGAGCAGUGUGGAAACAGGGGAGGGGUAGAAGGUUAUUUAAAAAAUAAAAAAGAUUAACAAAUCCCUGAAAGUAAGGUUACAAAAGUCCAGUGUUGGCAAUAAAUAGAAAACAGUAAAUCAGAAAAUACUGAAAAGGAAGUAGAACAAAGCCUCAGCUACAUCCUUCUGCCUCUUUUUGUAGCUGCUUUAAUGAAAUAGUGUAUUAUAAAAUUGACCCUUUUAAAUGGUUUUUUAUUCACAAAUUAUUCAGCUGUCAACCUGAUCUAAUUUUAAAAUACGUUCAUUGCCCCCUAAAAACUCAUACCCAUUAGCAGUCUUCUCCAUACUCUCCUGCCUCCUACCCGAGGCAAUCAUUGAUUCACUUUUUGUAGAUGAGCCUGGUGAGGACAUUUAUGAGCAUGGAAUGAGGCUUUCAAUGUUUUCUUUUGCCUGGUUUCUUUCAUUUAAUGUUUGAUCUAUGCUGUAGCAUGUAUUAAAACAGUUGUUUUUUAAAUUGCUAAGAGUCCAUUGUAUGGAUAUACCACACCUUGUUUAUCCCCUCAUUUGCUUAUGGACAUUUGGAUUGUUAAGGAUAUUAUGUAGCUAUGAAUGUAGGAUGUUGCUGUAGAUACUAUGACUGUUUAGAUACAUCUUUUUGUGUAGAUACAAUGUUUUCAGUUCCCUUGGCUAUAUAUCUAAGGGAAUAACUCUUUAACAUUUUGAGGAGUUGCAGCCUACUCCAGUCAGGUUUUGUUUCCUCUGCUACACUAGCGUGAAUUUUGUCAACACCACCAGUGACUUCCAUGUUGCUAGAUCAAUUGUCAGUCUUCUUUAUCAAUCGGAGCAUAAUAUUGUGGAUCAUUAAUUCUUUUGAAAAAAAAAUGUUUGAAUAUUUCAUUAUUAAAGAAGUAGUUUGUAUCCAUUGUAGAAAAUUUUAAAUACAGAAAGCUAAAAUACUAAAUCUUCAUAUUCCCAUAUCUAGAAUUUACCCUUGUUAGCUUUUUAGUGUGUAUCUUACCUCUAUGUACCAUAUAUACCUGCAUAUUUUUAGCAAAAUAUGCUCAUCCUAACUAUUCUGGAACAUACUUUUAAAAUUGUCACUCUUAUUUAGAGUUUUCAAAUUUAGGUAUCCCCAGUUGACCUCAGAAUAUCUUUUACAGCUUGUUUUCCCAAGCUCUGUCAAAUUGAGGACUACACAUACUGUCUUUUGUAAAUAAAAAUUCUUUUUAUUUAGCUUAGUUUUUUAAAAUGACCUUGAUUUAUUAAGAAGCCAGUCAGUUGUCAUGAUUCUUCUGUCCUCGAUACACUUUGUUAGAACACAUUUCUACCUCGUUCUCCUCCUCCCAUAUGUCUUCUCUCAGUACCUCUGUACCUAAAGUCUCAGUUCCUGAUUUGUUUCUUUGCUUAUACUUAUUUUCUUGCUGAUACUCAGUUUCAAGACCUUAAAAUGAGGCCAUGACGAGUUGUUAAAUGUGUGUUAACACCUUCUGGAUUUUUAUCUUUAUUCCCAAACAGCUCUUUUAGAUUUCAGGUUUGUGUAGCCAGUUGCCUAUUUGAUAUUACUAUUAGUUUCUAAAUAAACAUAUCAGAUUGUUGU